UCUCUUUUUUUCUUCUCUUAAAACAUGGUGACAGCCAUACGCAAAAGAAAACAAGGUAAAAAACGCGAAAAAAUCUCAAGACGUGCUAUUAACUUUAAGAAGCUUCCUAUCAAGAAAGCGAUAGUGACUUCAUGAGCGAGCCAGAAUUGCGCAGCAGCGCUAACAUUUCAAAAAAGAAGCUUAACAAGAAGCGCGCCAAGAUAGAGGGCGAAAGCAACAAUGAAGAAACAAACAAAAAGACCAAAACAGUACCAAAACAAAAAAAGAGAGCUUCCAAAGAUAAACAAAACGAUACUAAAAGGAAAAAGUCAAAGAAAGAAGUUUCUGAAGAAGAGGAAAGUGAAUAUGAGCAACAACAAGAAGAAAGCGACUAUGAGGAUAAGAAGAAAUCAAAAGCAAUACAAGAAAGCAAUGGAGAAUCAAGUGAUUCAGAAACAGUUAAUUCAAAUCAAAUCAACCCUGUCAAAAUCAAAAUUCCUCGUCCUAAAGGCUCUCCUUUCGCAGACUCUCUUUCGCCAGACACACUUCAAUUCCUUGCUGAAUUAGCCGAGAACAAUGAAAGAGAAUUUAUGCUACUUAAAAACAAAGAAUUCAAAGAAGCCAAGAAAGACUUCACUGAUUUUUGCGGGCUGAUAAUGGGCGAAUUGGCUCAAAUUGAUCCUACGAUUCGAGUAGAAGACGCCAAAAAUGCAGUAUAUCGUCAAAACCGCGAUUUGCGUUUUUCAAAUGAUAAGAGGCCUUACAAACAAAACUUGAGUGCAAGCUUUUCAAGAACAGGGCGCAAAUUUUUGGAUGCUGGUUACUUUUUAUCCAUUCGUCCCGGCAAUCACUCUAUAGUUGCAGCAGGCAUAUGGCAGCCAGACAAGGAUCGAUUGGCUAGAAUGAGAUCCAGUAUCAUUCGCAAUGGAGAUCUUUUAAGAGAAUCACUGUCCACGGAUGCUUUGAAAGAAGUGUUUGAUGGAAAAUUUGGUAUCGAUAUUUUAGAGACAGAAGAUAAACUCAAAGUAGCGCCAAAAAACAUAGCUAAAGAUCAUCCAGAGAUUGAAUUGUUACGAUUUCGCAGUUUUGCUAUUCAAAAAAAAUUUACAGAUGAAGAAGUUGUGAGCGAAGGGUUUGCUGAAAAAGUGCUAGACUUUCUUGAAGCGUCUGUGCCUUUUGUAGCCGUUGUUAACUCUUGGGUCUAAUAGAUCCUUUUUUUUUGCCUUUUAUGUGAUCUUUACAAAUUAGCUGUAUCAUUUACAUCACAUGACUAUCUUUUGGAAUAAACUUUUUCUGAAUUCUUGGCCAUUCUCUGGCAGAUUUAGCGACUAUCUAA